UGACGUCACGUGGUGCGCACGCACUUGACGCUGGAUCCGCCAUUUCGCGGAGACGCUUCUGGAAGGAUCAGCAAUGGGUGACCAAGGAGAGCCUCAAGUUCAGUUCAAGCUUGUGCUUGUUGGAGAUGGCGGCACCGGUAAAACCACCUUUGUGAAGCGUCACUUGACUGGGGAGUUUGAAAAGAAGUAUGUAGCAACCCUGGGUGUUGAGGUUCAUCCACUAAUGUUUCACACCAACAGAGGUGCCAUCAAAUUUAAUGUGUGGGAUACUGCUGGUCAGGAGAAAUUUGGUGGCCUGAGAGAUGGUUAUUAUAUCCAAGCUCAAUGCGCCAUUAUUAUGUUUGAUGUAACUUCACGAGUGACAUACAAGAAUGUGCCAAACUGGCACCGAGACUUGGUCCGAGUGUGUGAAAACAUCCCCAUUGUGUUGUGUGGUAACAAAGUUGACAUCAAGGACAGAAAAGUAAAGGCAAAAUCUAUCGUCUUCCACAGGAAGAAAAAUCUUCAGUACUAUGACAUUUCUGCCAAAAGUAACUACAACUUUGAGAAGCCUUUCCUGUGGCUUGCCAGAAAACUCAUUGGUGAUCCCAACUUGGAGUUUGUUGCUAUGCCUGCGCUGGCUCCACCAGAGGUUCAGAUGGAUCCGGCAUUGGCAGCACAGUAUGAAGAGGAAUUAAAGGUUGCCCAGAGCACUGCAUUGCCAGAUGAGGAUGAUGACCUGUGAGUGAUUGGCUGGAGCCAAGCGCCAGCAGUCUAGUUUUAUAGGCAGCUGUCCUGUGAUGUCUGUGAUGCAGCGUAUUUGCCAGUUAAUUAGCUGAACAGAACUGUGCUUAUAAUCUUUGGGAUGCUGAAGGAGUGCAUUUGGGCUUUGGGGUGAAAGUGUGCAGAAUCAAAACCAUUUCCUUCACUCUUGGACCUGUGCACUUGACACUAAAACUGUAUUGAUAGACUGCAAUGUUUUUUUCCUGUUUCAUGAGUGCAACCAUAAUUUCUCAAACUGGUACAAUUGCAUCACAAUAUACAUUGUUGAAGUUGUAUGUUAGUUAUUUCCACUUUUUUGUUAUUUUUUGUUUAGGUCAUAAUAAAGUUGUAUUCCAAACUAGAAA